AUGCAUAGCCAUCCACCAUACGCUAAUACAACUUUCAAUAAUUCAGAUGAAAUAAGAAUACCAAUACAAACACAAGAUAUCUAUACACUACCUUGUAAUAGCUCACUGUACAUUGAAGGAAGAUUAGUAGAGGCAAAGGAGAAGAAAUGGUCACCAACAUUACGCCUCGUAAAUAAUUUUGUAUCAUUUUUAUUUGAUGAAUUGCGAUAUGAAAUUGGAGGUAUAGUUGUUGAUAGAGUUCGCAAUCCUGGUAUAACAACCACUAUUAAAGGACUGGUAUCUUUCACAAACAAUGAAGGUAAUAGUUACCAACAUGCAGGCUGGAAUCAUCAAGAUUUACCCGAAAUACGGAACAGUGAAGGUUAUUUUAGUGUAACGAUUCCACUGAAAAAUCUCAUGGGUUUUUUUGAAGACUUUAAAAAAGUACUAAUCAACAUCAGACAGGAAUUGGUCCUUAUAAGAAGCUCCACAGAUGUGAAUGCAAUUAUAACUUCAACAUCUAGCGAGAAACCUCAUUUAGAUCUGUACAGAAUACUAUGGAGAAUUCCACACAUUCAAGUUGCUGAUACCGAAAAAUUACACCUUAUGAAGUACAUAGAGAAAGGAAGAGAUUUACAACUAGCAUUCCGGAGUUGGGAGUUGCAUGAGUACCCCGUUUUACAACAGACAAAUAAACAUACAUGGAAUGUCAAGGCUACCAAUCAAUUGGAAAAACCACGUUUCGUUAUUGUUGCUUUUCAAACUGAUCGGAAAGGACAGCUGACUAAAAACUUGAGUCACUUUGAUCACUGUAACCUGAGCAACAUCAAAUUAUUUUUGAAUUCUGAAAUUUAUCCAUAUGACAAUAGUGUCUUCAAACAUGAUCCAUCCAUCCAUCCACAACAUUACCAUAAUGUGCAGAAGGACAACAAUAAUAAUAACACAAUAGCAAUAGCAAAACAGUGGAGAGAGAGAGAGAGAGAACAAAAGAUAAAUAUAUAAUGUUACUU